UUUUAGAUCUAACAUCUCUAGUUGAUUAUUCAAUUUACAAAUAACACCUUCCACCGCUACACAUCACCACGUUGACGGAUGUCCUUAGUAAAAUGUACCAAACAACUAGAGACGUUAGAUUAAAAUGAGUGGUGCUGAUUUAAUAUGUGCACCAUGUACACCAAUGUUCCAUGUGCACUUAAAUAUGUUGUCCACAACAAAAGUCACGGAGGCCAAACUGUACUGAUUAGUUUGGAAAGCUUCAUAGUCAAGCCAGGAUUGGCUAUCCGCCUAGAACACUCCCUUGAGAUGACUGUCACCUCUCCAUCUACCACAGGUCAUUGAUCAAGCGUCGCGGGACCCGCAUCACUGUCAUACUAGAGAUUUUCCACGCCGGCCGGAGAGUCACAGACACAGACAUACGGAUACGGACAAGCUUGGACAGCCACGGUCCAAGAUUGAGGCGUGGUGCAGCGUGGCUUACACGGCGCUGCGACACCUGCGUGCGAAUUGCGAUGCCUCGCGGUAGAAUCACUUGGCCACAGGCGUGGCCAAGUCCACGAAGAAAAGUGUUGCCUAUGGUUCAGGAUUUCAUCGGACAUAGCAGAUUGUUUCGGAGAAACAUGCGUCGCAUCUGCUGAAGAAAAGUACGGUUCCAAGUCCCGUGCUCGCCCAUCCUGUCAUCCUGGGCGACUGAUCGGGCCCCGUGGGUGGUGGUGGUGGGUGAUCACCUUCCACAGCCUAAUCAGUGCCAGUCACCUUCACCGUCGAUAUAUUUUUAAAUUUUUGAUACAACCGGCUAUUCAUCUGUAUUCGUUUCACUUGGCUGCUUGCUUUGGUUACCCAAGGAAAAAAGCACUGAAGUAACGGUUACGGCCAAACACCGACUGUUCCAAUGGCGACGCCCGCGCUGGUGCUCCUACCGGAGUGGGGGUCCGGCCACCUCAUGUCCAUGCUCGAGUCCUGUAAGCGCGUCCUCCUCAGCAGCAGCGGCGGCAAGGCCUUCUCCAUCACCCUGCUCGUGAUGCGCCCGCCGACGGCCGAGGCCACCUCCGAGGUGGAGGCGCACGUGCGGCGCGAGGCCGCGUGCGGGCUGGACAUCCGCUUCCACCGCCUCCCCGCCGUGGAGGCCCCCACCGACGCCGUCGGGGUCGAGGAGUUCAUCGCGCGCUACAUCGGCCUCCACGCGCCGCACGUCCGUGACGCCGUGGCCGCCAUGGCGUGCCCCGUGGCCGCGCUCGUGCUCGACCUCUUCGCCGCGCCGCUGGUGGACGUGGCGCGGGGCCUCGGGGUGCCGUCCUACGUCUUCAUGUCGUCCACGGGGGCCAUGCUCGCGCUCAUGCUGCACCUGCCCGUGCUCCACGAGUCCGUCCCCGCCGUGGACUUCGACGAGAUGGAGGGGGACGUGCCGCUGCCGGGGCUGCCGCCGGUGCCGCCGGACUCCAUGCCGUGCCCCGUGGCGGACAAGAGGAGCCCCAACUACGCGUGCUUCGUGCGCCUCGGCGACCGCUUCAUGGACGCCACGGGGGUCAUCGCCAACACAGCGGACGAGCUCGAGCCGGGGCCCCUGGCGGCCGUCGCCCGGGGCCGGUGCGUGCCCGGCCGGCCCGCGCCGCCGGUGUACCCGAUCGGCCCCGUGCUGUCGCUCGGCGGCCGCUCGCCGUCUCACGAGUGCGUCGCGUGGCUGGACGCGCAGCCGCCGGGGUCCGUUGCGUUCCUCUGUUUCGGGAGCAUGGGGUGGUUCGACCCGCCGCAGGUUGCGGAGAUCACUGCCGCGCUCGAGCGGUGCGGCCACCGCUUCCUGUGGGUCCUGCGGGGACCACCCUCGGACGCGUCCGGGUCGGAGCACCCGACGGACGCGAACCUCGACGAGCUGCUCCCGGAGGGGUUCUUGGAGAGGACGGGGGGCAAGGGCCUGGUGUGGCCGACGUGGGCGCCGCAGAAGGAGAUCCUGGCGCACCCCGCCGUGGGCGGCUUCGUGACGCACGGCGGCUGGAACUCGGUGCUGGAGAGCCUGUGGCACGGCGUGCCCAUGGCGCCGUGGCCGCUGUACGCGGAGCAGCACCUGAACGCGUUUCAGCUGGUGGCCGACAUGGGCGUGGCCGUGCCGCUCAAGGUGGACAGGAAACGGGGCAACUUCGUGGUGGCCGCGGAGCUCGAGCGCGCUGUGCGGUCCCUGAUGGACGCCGACGGCGAGCAGGGGAGGAGGGCGAGGGAGAAGGCCGCGCGUAUGAAGGCCGUGUGCCGGAAGGCCGUGGAGGAGGGCGGGUCGUCGCACGCGGCGCUGCAGAGACUCGCAGAGGCGCUCCACGACGGCGCCGUGAUCCCGAAGAAGUGAAACGCGGCCGCUCCAUGUUCCUUUGUUUGGUGAUGUUUCAUGGAAUACUAUGCGCGCGUAAUUGUUUUUUUAUACCAAUAGCGCAAUAACAGUAAUAAUACAAAUUUAGAUUACAAUAA